CGCGAUAGUGCGAACACGCCUGCCGUUCACCGCUGUGUGUUAUCAAUGUUAGUGUAAUAUGAUAUAAGUGGAUCUGUAAUUGUAUGUAAAGUUAUUAGAUUAAUAUGGCCGAGGGUACCGACCUGCAUGAAUUAGAAAAGCUAAGCCCUUCUAACUCGAAUAUUAAUGGGGACGACAAAACAAAAUCUGAAGAAUCUUCAGAAAAAUGGCGUUUAUUAUUAGAACCUGCCCUGGUGGGUGCCAUGAUGGCUAUCAACCUAGGCCAGACCUCGUUACAGAACUUCUACUUAAGAACCGCGUGUACUGUAGACCUAGGACACUCUCCAGAUAUUUGUAAUAAAGGUGUUGGAGAGGAAUUUAGAGCAGCUGAGGUCGCUAGUCAAGUAGUUGUAUCAAGUGUAAAUGUAAGCCGGAGUUUCAUUGGAUCUCUUAUGUCAACCGUCGUUCUCCUCUUCGUGGGACCUUGGAGCGACUGCAGCGGACGCCGGAAGCCCCUCCUCGUCAUGCCCCUCAUCGGCAUGAGCGUGAUGACGACUGCAGUAUUGUUGAUGCUCACGUUUCCUGGAGCUUCGACAGUACAAGUCCUUUAUGCAGUUCAGAUACCCAUAUCUCUGGGUGGCAAUUUCGGAUUGUUACUGGCCGCUUCAUUUAGUCAUAUAGGUGAUGUGUGUCACGCUAGUGGGCGCGACGUGACGCGCACGAUGGGCACGCACAGAGCUGCGGUACAGAUAGCACACGUCAUCGGGUCUAUCAGCGGGCCCCUGCUGUACAGAACACUUGGCUUCUAUGGCGUGUUCCCACUCGUCUUACUCUUACAGCUGUCAUCUCUAAUCUACGUAUUGGUGGCGAUGAAGGACGUCAAUGUGAACACAGAGAACAAAGUGUCAGUUGUUAACUGGCGCCUACCUUUCAACGCGGUGCAUUGUCUGCUGCGACCAAGAGAAGGAUAUAAGCGUAUGAUCAUUGUACUCAUGCUCAUUGUAGCACUUGGGGACCGAGUGCUUCUGUCAGCGGAGGUGUUAGUCUCGUACAUGUACUACAGAUACAAGUUCAACUGGGACGAUAUAUUGUUCGGAUCCUUCUUGGCCUACAGGAAUAUCGUGAGCUUUGUAGGUACUCUUCUGAUCCUGACAGUUCUGAAGCGGCGCCUCCGCCUCUCCGACGAGACAGUCGGUGUGGUCAGCUGCAUGUCGUAUGUACUGGCCACAUCAGGCCUUAUCGCUGCCAGGAGUACCCUUGUAGUAUUUAUGAUACCGGUCAUCGGAAUUAUUUCACAAGGAUCGCAAGUGGUACAGAGACCGAUAAUAAAUAAACAAAUAUUGCCAAACGAGCAAGGAAAAAUAUACAGCGUUCUGGGUGCUCUGGAGAGUGCGACGCAAACGAUAUCAUCUCCUCUAUAUUCUCUGCUGUAUUCAACAACAGUACCUGUUAUGCCAGAUGCCUGGCUUAUCCCAGGAAUAACUCUCGCCGUAAUACAAAUAAUAGCGUACUUCUUUGGCCGGAAGCUGCGACUGCUAAAGAAGAAUACGAAUGACAUCUCAGAGCCCAAGGAAGAAGAUAAUGUAAGACACACAAACGAAGAAAAUAUAAAAGAUGAUAAUGUUCAUUCCAAAGGAAAUAUGACUUGACAUAAAAGAAUUUUAGAAUAAA